AAAUUUGUGCAUUAAUGCCGGAAGGCUUGUUUUGUGCGAAAAAAUGAGCAGAAGGAGAGCCAUUUCAAUCUUGGAGUCUUGUCGGUUGUGUGGCUUGGGCGGUAUUGAAUCCAGGAGGCGACAUUUCCUCUUCGGAGUCGAUGCGAAUGAAGAAUUAUUGACUAUUCUUCGGAGUGUCCUGCCUAUAGUGAUAUACCCAGAGGAUCCCCUUAGCAAGUGGAUCUGCACAAAAUGCAGGGAGAAAGUAACUCGAUUUUAUGGAAUCUCACGGGAGUACACAAAGUACUUUGGGAAGUGUUUGGGGGCAUUGAGAAAGGUUGACCCUGAGCAGACAUACCUUCAGAUAUGCAGCGAUGUUGAGACUUUCGCAGCAACCCUCGAAGAUAGCUUGCUGGAGAAAGUACCCACAGCUACGUUUGACCGCAAACGACUCAUAUUGAAAGAUAGAGGAGUCAGAGGGCCGCAGAAGAAGGAACGACCACCUGGAGAAGUGCCAACGCUCUUUGAAAUAUGUAUUGACUACAUAAACAACGAGGGACUUAAACUUCUCUCAACAUACUUGCACGUAGACACAAGUGGGGAAUGGAAUGAAUCUGAAGUUGAGUCAUCUGACAGUAGUAUGAGUUACUUCGAAGAUGAUCAGCAGCCAGUGGAGGAGUCGGAGUACUUUGAUGCAUCAACUGUGGAGUGUAGCGUAAACAUUACUGAGGAAUAUACACAGGAGAAGAAUGAAUACCAAUCAACUCCUGUGGCUGUGGCACAGAAUGGUAUUGGGAAGAAGCGUAAACUUUCACGAGUAUCGACUGACAUGGAACCCAUUGAGAGGCCCACACGUACCAAGUCUCGUGUCAAUUACUCCGAAGACAUGAUAGAUGAAGCCUUUUUCUAUGAACAAAUCAUGCUGGAGGAGUACAAGCGUAAGGCAAAAUCUCCCAAGAAGGAGGAGCCACCACAGCCGAUGUACAAGCAGCGUCAAGUUGCAGCAAAGGGGACUCAUCCGCGGAACAGUAUUGCAUCAUUCCCAUUGAAUGAUAUCAGGGAACAACUCAAAACGGAUCCGACGCAGGUGAUUCAGGUGAAUUCCGAACUGAGCAUACACCUGAAAGCUAAGGAACCGCGAGGUACUCCCUGGAUGCCCAAGAGGGAAAUAAAGUGGGAACCCAAACGAGAGUUGAUACCCGCAGAGGCUCCGCGGGAGGUUGUAAUGGGAGCCUGGGAUCCCAAUGGUCAGAUCCCCGUGGAUUGUAAGUUUUGCCACAAGAAAUUCCAGAAUCUCGCUGUGCUCUCGAAGCACCAACUGCGUCACCUUGUCCUGCAGCUUAAGAAGCUCGACACACCGGAAAUUCUACAGCCCAAAUUCCGACGAUACAGCUACCGAUUCCCCAACUUCCGGUGCUGCAAUUGCCUGAGCUACUACAUGACAAAGGAAGACCUAAAGUCGCACUGGGGUAAAGGGGAAUGCGAAUACUUUUGCCGCAUUUGUCGAGCUCCUUUCCACAAGAGUCGCCCGGAGCUGCACAAACACUACUACAUGGCACACGGGGUUCGUUUCAAUGAGACCAUCUUCGGGGUGUCCGGAAAUGAGGUGGAUGAAUCCAAACUCUGUACCAUCUGCUAUUGCACCUUCCCGAAUUUCCAGUCGCGCAAUUCUCACAUGAAGAUUCACAAAAAGAAGGGCGAAUUCAUUGUACCAGCUACCACCUCUACAAGUACACCACCAUCUUUCCAGGCACAACAUCCAGCUGGAGCACGACCACGACUCCAGAUCAAUCAAGCACUGCAGAUGGAGAUUAAGCGCAUGGAAUUUGCCAGCCACCAAAGAUUCAAUGGCAUGGCGUCGUCAUCGCAAAUGGCUCCCCGGCCACCGAUGACGCACAUCCUCCCGCCACCGCGUUUCCCAGCCCCAGUUUCCAUGAGGAGAGCCUCUGAAGUCCCAAUGGGUGAUGGAGAUUUCCCCACAGCACGCAUCUACUGCUGCAUCCCAUGCGGAGAGAAGUUUCCCAAUAAGAAGGAACUCUAUCAGCACAAGAGAACAUGCCAGCAGCUCCUGCGUACCUGCUGUCACCUCUGUUGGAAGCAAUUCACGACAACGUCUGAAUUUGAGAAUCAUAUGCGGCUUCACCACCAAUAACUCGGCACCCCAUGCAGUGGCCACAAUACUCUCCCGGCAUGCCGGACAACUUUAUCUCAUAACAUUAUCCACUCUCAGCAACUGUGCCGGCCCCCACAAUGAGCUUUUCCAGUGUCGAGAUUUUUUUUGAAUAGCAUUUAGUUCUUGAGAAAAAUAUAUUACUGUAAUUAAAAUAAGAGAAAGAAUGCUGACCUUUGAAGGUCAUGAAGAGGAAAGAAAAGUAGCAGUGGAAAAGCUCAGUAGGGGCUGUUAAUGUUAGAAAUUGCCAGAAUAAACGUAAAUCUUAAUAUUAAAUC